ACGCCCUGUAAGAUCAGGCACCCGUGCUUCAUGUGGAACAUGCUGGCCAUGAUUUCAUCAGCAGUGGGGACCAUGCUUUACCUGAACUUCAAAGAGGAAACCAUUGCUAUGCGGAAGGACGGGUACAUUUUCAGCAUGUACCCGUGCGUCUACACCAGGUGCAAGACAGCAGAGCUGCUGGAGCACCCGUGGAGGGUGAUUCGUGACAAGAGGAUGAAGAUGACUGAUAUGAUAAGCCAGAUAGUGACCAGCUUCAUAGUAUUCCUCUUGCUGCCCCUUUACUGCACGAAAGUUAUCAGCCUGAAGAACUGGAUGUACACCCUGCAGGUCUACGACACAGAAAGAAAGAACAUCGAGUCCGAAGGGAGGGAGAUCCACUACUACGAGGACCUGGAAGGCACAACCAGGAAACUACCAAUCAUAUACGAAGUCACGGAGACCGAGUCUGGAACUGACAAGCAGAGAUAUUUCCCUUACUCGCUUGUCAUUCUCCAUAACAGAAUCAGCCUGUGUGACAAAACAAAAAAAGAUAACAUAUUCUAUGAUAGCGAGCUUAUACCUGACAACGCAGAACCGGUUGAAGAGCCAGUGGAGAUCGCACCAAAGCCAAAAAUGGAUUUUGAAGCUUUUAAAGAAAGGUUACAAUUUCGUGCGGAACAAGCGAAAGUCGUCGAGACGAAAGCAAGGACCUGGCUUUGGUUCGACAUGAACACCAACAACGUAUCUAAGUGGCCGUGCUACGAGGGUGUGGAAAAAGUGCACCAGACCACACAAACAGAACAAUGCUACGUCUGCCUUGAAAAGUCUAGCAAAACUUUUUCCAAUCAACAAAUCAUAUUCAGCAUAAACUGCUGUUGCAACAAGCCAGCCCCUGUUGAGAGCCCGCGCAGACCUUUUCAUGAGCCCUGUAAGCUGGACUAUGCUAGAGAAGGACACUCGAGUUUUUCCAGAAAGAAAUUUAACAAGCUGAAGACCAGAGCUUUAACAAGCAAGGGUAUUACGUCCCCAUAUAACACAUACAAUGGUUUUACGUACUCAAAAAACAUGGGCGGAGACAGAAACUGGAAUAAUAGUUUUGAAGAGAUUUGUGAUAAAGCCAAAUUUGAUGAAAAAGAGAAUUUUAAGAUACUAGAUUUUGAGAAACCCAAGUCUCAAGAGAUCCACCGCCAGAUUCAGGAGCAUUUCAACACACACAGCACCCCUUUAGAAAUCAUCGGUCUGCCAGAUUCAUUAAAGACUUCACACUACAGGAUGAGACUGGGCCAUACGUUACACAUCACACAUCGCCUGUGGUUCCUAGCCAUCUUUUACAUCAUUCUAGCACUCCUGCCUAUUGGCAUUGAGUCCAGGAUGCUCCAAUACAGUUUUCUUCUGUCGCACGCAGACCACUUUAUGGGCCUGGUCCAUUUUUUCACACUCUUCAUAUUCAGCUCAGGUUUCAGAAGAACUUUAAGGAUGCAGUGCCGUUGAUUGACAAAGCCAUUGUCUACUAUUGCGAUUCUUCAAGGAUUCAUUUUAAAAAUAAAAAACCAGAUAUUCCUAUCUUUCAUGAAUGACCACUUAUGUGUCCUAAUAUGCAUUGUGCAACAUAACAUUUCCGUACAAAUUUUAGCAUCACUUCAAACACCAGUUACAUUAAAUGCUGGAACUUUUAAGUGCUUGAAGUACUUAUCAGUGGGGAUAUAAGUACAGGAUGUUUUCCACAGAGGAGGACAAUAAUCCACCAUUGCUGGAAUCAAAGAC